AUGCCCUCUAUCGAAAUGACGGAGGACGUCCGUCCUUCUACAUCGCCCAAGACCCACGAGGAGACACACAUCGAAAAAGACAGCAGCGAAUACUUCGAGAAAGUGGAAGAGAAUCCCUCUUCAUAUGCUGAGAUCGCCGCAGCCACACUAUCGCAGUCACACAAGGACUACCUCAUACAGCGUCAUGGGACCCUAGACUUGGAUCCUAUUCCGAGUCCUUCGGCUGCAGAUCCAUACAACUGGCCCCUGUGGAAGAAACUCGCCAAUCUCGUCCUUGUUGCCUUCCAUGCCUGCAUGGCCACGUUCACAGCAUCGAUCAUUCCUGCUUACUCCAGCAUCGCAGAAGAUCUCGGAGUAUCAAUGCAGAGAGCCAGCUAUCUCACCUCGCUACAGAUCGCCAUCCUGGGAGGUGCUCCCUUAUUCUGGAAACCGUUGUCCAACCGCUACGGGCGCCGACCAAUCUUUCUUCUAUCUCUCAUCUGCAGUCUGGUGUGCAACAUUGGCUGCGCUAAAAGUCCCACGUAUGCAUCCCUGGCUGCAUGCCGAGCAUUGACGGCUUUCUUCAUCUCGCCUGCUGCCGCGAUCGGAAGUGCAGUAGUCACAGAAACAUUCUUCAAGAAGGAGCGCGGCCGGUACCUUGGCGUCUGGACCCUGAUGGUGACUCUGGGUGUUCCAGUUGGUCCCUUGAUCUACGGAUUUAUCACCUAUAGAGUCGGUUGGCGGUGGAUGUUCUGGGUCUUGGCCAUUGUCAAUGGCGUGCAAUUCGUCUUGUAUCUUUUCUUUGGCCCAGAAACCCGGUAUGUCGGCGGCAGCGCAGAAGGUAUUUCCGAUUUCAAAGCGCAGUAUCUCUCAUUGCGUCGGAUCGACCCAUCACCCCUGACUUUCCGCGAAUUUCUUCACCCCUUGUCCAUGGCCAAGCGACCCAGUGUGAUGAUUCCCGCAUGUGCAUAUGCUAUGGUCUUCUUGUUCGGUAGUGUCAUGAUCACGGUGGAGGUGCCCCAACUGGUGCAAGUCAAGUUCGGUCUCAACGCCGAACAGCUCGGCCUCCAAUUUAUCGGCGUCAUCAUUGGUACCGUUCUGGGCGAACAGAUCGGUGGCACCAUGUCUGAUAUCUGGAUGAGCCGCCGGGCACGCAAGAUCCAACAUCGGCCGGAGCCUGAAUUCCGCCUCUGGCUUGGCUACCCCGGUGUCAUCUUGACGAUUGUCGGAGUGAUCGUCUUUCUGGUGAUGAUUCAGGAAGCCAAGGCUGAUCACUGGAUUGUAUCCCCUCUUGUUGGCACCGCAAUUGCUGCCUUUGGUAAUCAGCUCGUGACUACUGUCAUGAUCACCUAUGCGAUUGACUGCUAUCCUGAGGAUUCCGGCAGUGUGGGUGUCUUCAUUACUUUUGUCCGUCAGGUGUGGGGAUUCAUCGGACCGUUCUGGUUCCCUGAUAUGUUUGAUAAUGUUGGUAUUGCUGCCAGCUCGGGAGUCGGGAGUGCCUUAAUGUUUCUUGUCAGUUUUCUGCCCAUACUUGCAGUGCAAAUUUAUGGCAAGAAGUGGCGUAAUGCUGCUUAG